CGAAAGAACGACGGCGCAAGCUGAGCAACCSGCAACAACAACACGAGGCACUGAACCCCAACUCAAAUACAGCAGCAUUGUUUCUCGCGAGGUACGUCGACCAUGGCGGCCCCCCGGRUCCGGUUUGCGUUUGCUCCAUAGGAUUGUGCGGAGGAUGCGCAAUGGGCCGGUSCCAAAAAAUUUCCGAGAGGUUGCACGCGACGAUAAACGAGYGAUGACCGAACCCACACUUCGGAAGUGCCGUCUGUUCUCGAGUGUCUCCUUUCCGUUCGCUGCAGAGCGAGCAUGGAUUGGCACAGAGAUCCUAUGAAGGUGUCGAGGAAUCUAGUUGACUGGAGAUAGRUUCAUUUUCCUAUCUGGGGUUGUUGUGUUAUUAUAUUUCGCUGCCUCGGCCAUGGCUGGUGAUGAAUUUCAUCAUUCUUCCUUCGAUGCCUUCGGGUUCUUUUUCACGAUGGGAUCGUCAGAAUCGUCCGAGGAUUCGAAAUUUUAUCCGGGGAUGGUAGUCGUUGCCGAAUAUCGUAGUAUUCGAUGGCCAAUAUUCUGACGCCAUUUCGUUCGUUCCUCUUCUCUCCCCUUCCCAAUCUCUCGGAAUCRCAACCGAUGCGCCUGUUUCCUUUAGAUUCAAAACAGUACUUUUAGCAACCUACAAAACCAAUUAUUCAUAAUGUCGGAAGAAUCCAAGACACCUGAUGGGGACUAUGUCAUGAUGGGCAGUGGCGCCGCCACUCCCGGAGGCGCAAAGAUGUCCAUGAACAUCGACGACCCAAACCUCUCCCAGGAAGACAAGGACCACAGACUCGCGAUCGCUCUCCAGCAAGAGGAAAACGCCGCCGUCUACGCAGCGCACAAGGACAAGCACCAAAAAGCCGUUGCGGCCAACUCAAACCGCACGGCACGAUCCGGAACCUUUACCAGGUUGGCAGCCGUUCGCCAAAAGGACCACGGCAUGCUUUCUGUCCCCGCCGAUUACACCACACCGAAUGCGUAUGUUAAGGACACCGACUAUGUUGCCCACCAGGACAAGAGCGAGAGCUUGGCCGGCAUGACUCCCCAGCAGAUUGCGGAUUACCAGCUCGCCAAGGAACUCCAGAAGGUCGAACAAGUUGGCGCCGGAACCGUACAAGAAAUGUCCAAGAUCCAGACCGAAGAAGAGGACGAGGCCAAAGCCCAAGCCCACCGUGUGGAGCGCAGCAACUACCACAUCAACCAGCACGGACUCCGCAAGCCGUUUUAAACAGUAGCAACCCACUGUGACGCAAGCAAGCAAACCAACCAGCAGUCCGACAGGGUGCGGCAGAGCCGACGAAUCMCUGCGCACGAUGCAGAUACAGCAUUAACUAUCAAAAUCGGCAGUGCUCUGUUCCUACACACACACACACACACACAUAUCCUUGAAUAACUAACAAAGUUGAAUUCUUAUUUUGACGUCAAGUAUUUUGUACUAACAACAUAAACCAGGAUUUUUGGCCUACGUUCAUAGUCUUCCGGAUAGCUAGAUCAAUACCGUGCAGAUUCCGGUAAACUGCCAUCUUAGUCAGCAAUGUGGGGGACACACCUUGAUUCUGUAUUGAAGAUCGACCGAAGGUAUGUAUUGAAAGAUGCCACUAGUACAGUGUUUAUUGCUACUGUAUUACUUUAACACAUCCUGGUUCGGAUAGAUGUAUGUGCUCGAAAUAAUAGGGCCGAGCGGUCUGUCGAUAAUCACAAAGAGAACGCAGCUUGCGUCCAUAAAACAUUCAGUAGUUUGUUUCGAAUUCCUUUCUCGGAUCAUUCAUUUCCCGCUCUCCGAGAGACUAUGACGUAGACGAGCCGCUUGACAUAGCAAGGAAGAAAACGGUGUGUCUCGUCAGUCCAUCCAUCCAUCCAUCAUCACCAAUCGCUGGGCAAACCGGGAAAGCUGAAUGAGAGCAGCAACCAAUAAAUAUAUAUAUAUAUUGCUGGAUUGCAUGGUGUCUCUUCCUUGGGAGACUAGCAGUACAGACAGUAACCACCAAAUCGAAGCGGCGACCAAACCAAACAAAUUCGAUGCAAUCCAGCACGGAACGGUCCGGCAAGAGGGAGCGCGGCAAACCACGAGCAACACACCGGCUCUCGCAGCCGGCUAGGACAGGGAUUCGAGCUCACCCGCCCCCAUGGCGACCCUCACCACGUUCGUGUACCGGAGCUUGGCGGCCUUCACGAUGUCUUCCUCGGAAGCCCCGCCCGGGAUGGUCUCGCCGGACGACUUCCACGCGUCCCACUUGGUCCGGUCCGUCACACUCAGGA